UGUACAUAUACACAUCGAUUUUAAUCAAACAAUAGUUCCAUAAUUGAUGCAGCACUUUUUGCGAAAUAAACAUUUAAAUGGAUUUCGGUCAUAUAAAUGUACAUGUAUGGAAAUUCGAGCAAUAAGCUUCAUUUAGAAAUUUCUGGCUUUUUUGUAUCGUUUGGCAGGUGUUAGACAUGUUAAGAAGACCUAAACAAAUUUAUUCCAAGAUAUCCCACGCACCAUCCUUUGCAUAUAAAUAUCCUCAAAAUCAAUUGAUAUACAUAUAUGCAUACGGCGGCUCUGAAGAAUCAAUGUAUAGACAGAAUGCGGGUUUGGCCGGCUUCCAAAGUAGUAGAAAUUACGUUACAACGUGAUCGCGUCCCCUUCUCUUGCCAGCAUCUCAAAUUGCAAUCAAUAGAUACCCGUCGAGACGGCGCCAAAACGCGCGUCUUUAUCCCGCAUAGUUGUAGUUCCCACGAUAACUACACAGGAAGGACGAGAUAACAGGAAAAUCAUGACUUUUAGGGUCGAUGUCACACUUCCCUCGCCUUAUGAUAGAUAAUCCAUGGAGGGCGGAAAAACCUGAAGAACCAAUGUCAUUCGCAUAAUUGAUGGCCCUUGUCCGGAAAGCGGCGCCGACGACCUUCGUAAGCGCUCUCGUUAAUAGACGAGUCAUCGGGGGAGGCGGCGGAGGCUGUUCAAGGUCCCGGAGAGAGCCUAGUCGCGAACGCUCGCGCGUGCGACGAGUCGGGCAAGGAUCCAGGACGAGGAAGAGAACGAGCGAGGAUCGCAGGAGGGUGCUCCCGAUUCGACGAGGAGUGAACGAGAAGGGUGACGUACUACGCUGAAAUGACGCAAUUUCGUCUCUGACGUCUGUUACAAUCGUCCAAUUCGAGGGGAGGCCUGCUGGAUAACACGAUCACGAUGAAUCGAGAAAACGAGGAACAGCGACCGGUGCCUCAGACGUUGUGCGGCGCGCUGCAAAAAGAGCCCAACUGCAAAUGUUUGGUGCUGACGGUUCUUAUAUACGGUUGUCUCGCGGCAGUGACGUGGUGCCGAUGCGCCAACGUUACCAAGAUCAUGGUCAACUAUUCCAAGUAUCCCAUCAGGAGCACCAAGCACAUCUCGUCGCCCUGCGACGACGGCUACAUAUAUAUUCCGGUACGUAACACUCGAAAUGGAAAGCGAGAGAAAAAAAGAGCAGGCCCUCUUUCCGCUUUUUCUCCCCAUACCCCACGAAUCGACCGGGUACGUUGUCUUUUUUUUUAUCACUCGACGAGAAGUAAUAUCGACGUCCCUCUGGCUUCUCUUCCUCCUCCCUUUACGCACGCUUGGAUGCAUGCCACGCCGCUCCAGCGGCUCUUUUACCCUCUUUUCUCUCCCCCUUUGUCUCUUUCUCCCUCUCUCUUUCUCUCUCUCUCUCUGUCUGUCGUGCAGGUGGCAUUUAUGGGGAUGCUGUAUCUGGUCUAUCUGGUGGAGUGCUAUCAUUCGCCGAUCAGAAUCGAUCUACUGCAUGCGGAGAGCCAGGACAGCGUGCUAUCGAAACUGACGCAGCUGAAGAUGGCACAGCCGAGGAUAUGGUGGAAGGCCGUUUCCUACCACUACGUGCGCAGGAAACGGCAAAUCACGCGUUAUAGGAACGGGGAUAAUUAUACGACGACGCAGGUCUAUUACGAGAGGGUGAACACACACUCGGCCACCUCCCACUACUACUACGAUUAUUGCGGAGUGAAGGACAUCAGCAAGGAAUUAAUACUCGAGCCGAAGAUACCGAUCACGAAGAUUAUGCUCACCAAGGGCUUCGCAUUUUCCAACAUAAGGUCCGCCACGGAGUUCGAGGAGGCUCGAUCGCGAUUCUUCGCCGAGCAAGAACUCAGUGACGAUUACAUGGAAAUGAGAGAGGGUCUUGAUCUCGGAUAUAACGUCAACACGAUGCUGGUCGCCGUUCUUGGUAAUCCCUGGUUCACGAAUCGUUACAUUUACUGGUGUCUGAGCGCCCUGUUGCUCAGCUGGCCGCUGAGGGUGAUCAUCGAAUAUAAAACGCAAUAUGCCGAUUAUCAGGUCACCAAGCUCUUCGGCGUGAAUUACGACACUCCAACUUCCGGCGAACCCAUCCACGCGUCCAUGAGCCAGCUGAGCCAGCCAGGCUCUUACAUGUUGGCGCCCAGUUACAGCGAGGCGCUGCUGAUGGAUCCCGCCACGCCUCGUAACGACGGCCCGGAGCGAAAUCAGGAGAAUUGGCAAGCGCAACGACGAGAGGCGGAUGUCGCGACCGACAUGGUACCCAGCUACUCCGAGGCGCUUCUCUACGAGCGCGCCGAACACGAUCAUCGGAACGCGAUCGCGGCGACUACCGUCGCCGCAAACGUCGUCCCGAGCGACGUGACGCAUCCCCCUUGCAACGCCAACGAUCCGACUAUACAGGCGCUGUCGCCGAUGCCGUGCGAGUGUCACUGCCCAUGCCCGUGUCACGGGAACGCGAACGAUUACGAGCGUAGUUACGUUGAAAUUGCGGCCAGCAGCGAGCUGCCUCCAGGUGUUCCAGGUGUUCCAGGUGUUCCUGCGACGAGUAUCGCCAGCGAUACCUUCGAGAGCGAGAUAGCAACCCUCCGGACGACGGCUGACGGCCGCUUGCAUCCUCCCGGGAACGUGAUGCCCCAUUCCAUGGACAAUCUUCAAGCCGGAGCAUCUCCGAGCAAGUGCGGCAGCUGCGGCAGAAUCUCCACCAGCACGCAAACGAUCAAUACGGACGUUCCUCCUCGCGUGGUCGCCAGAAAUAAAUCCGUCGCGAGCUCGCAAACGUUCACCUCAUCGGCAGACCUUAUUGGGCCUAUGCCCCGCGACAUUUCCGAGCCCAACUUGCGUUCGCGGGCGGAACCGGCGGUCGCGUUUCCGAAUGGAAAUGUCAGGAGUCUGGAGAACAUCCUGGAGAACGAGGAGGAACUGAUGGGAGGCGGCAGAGCAGGCUUCAACGUGCCAGAGAGGACUCUUCCGAUCGAGAGACUGCAUUUUCCCGAACGUAUUCAUAGAAGGCUGCCACCCUCUCUGGCCCAUCACCGGUCCUUCUCCCUCGACGAGCCGAGCGUCUCGCCGAGGAACGUGAGCAGCAACGGCACCAUCCCGAAGCUCGAGCCGCGCAGCAGGAUCAUGGUGAAUCCCAUGUCGAACGAGGCCUGCUGGAAGCUCCCCGACUCGAGGACGUACUUCUGCCUCAAGUCGAUUCUGAAGCAGAACAGGCGAAGGUACACGCUGGUGACCGCGGACGAGUUUCAGAACCUCGCUGAUCAGGAGCUUAUCAACCAAGGUAUCGAGUGCGUCCAGAGCCCAGUCGGCAGAAGCGAGAAGGGCCCGCGCUCGAGGGAAAGAUUGAAUCCCAGAAGAAGGAUGCCGUCGUUCGAGGAAUUUAUGCCAAGAGACAAAAUGUAUUCUGUCUAUGAUCAAAAGCGAGAGAGCACCAGGACGCUCAUUUUCGCCAGCCCGUUACAAGAGGUCUUCCCAGGCGAUCCUUUCGGAGGCAAGAAUAUCGUACCGAUCGGAAACUCCAUGGAAUACACCGGGAGAGAAGAUUCCGCUCGUCCAAGCCGAUCACCGGCCAUCCGGGACCCUCCGGGGCGCUGCGUCGCGGACGCCUACAUCGGGGAACGGACGGGACGCGUCCCGGACGCCUACAUCGGGGAACGGACGGGACGGGUCCCGGACGCCUACAUCGGGGAACGGACGGGACGCGUCCCGGUCGAGCCAUUCCGAGCCGAUGCUGUCGCGUAUCCACCGCGCAUCGCCCAUCCCUCGUAUCGCCACGAGAGGGAUCUUCGAUUUCUCUUGCAGACCAGGAGCCCGUCGACCACCAUGGACGCCAACGUGGACGUCCGUGUCAGGGUCGACGAGACGCCGCCGUUGCCUCCGCCGCGAGCUUACCGGAACGACGCUGCUCUUCCUCCACCCUACGGAGGACUGCCCUCCGAGCGUGCAAAGAGGUGGUCGACGAGCUCCAACGAGUACGACGACAUGAGGUCUUACGAGGGACGUCCAGCCGACUUUUACACUCCAGACAGGAGACACCAGUUGAACCAGCACCGGCCAAACAGGCCUGGCUUGAGGCCCGGAUCGUUCAGGGAACGGCGCCCGAAGCUCGUCCACACCGACAGAAACUUCCGGCGCAGCUUCACAGGCAGGGUGGAGGAUUAUAGAGCCGAGAACGACCUUAGGCGAGCGAAUUUCAGCAUGGAGACGUCGUUGUAACGAGCGUACUUGUUCAAGGGUGAUCGAAUGCGCCGGUCUCGGUUAGACGCUUCUGCUGUAUAAAGUGCUGCGUUAAUUUCGCUGCGAGGAAACGUGAGGUUUUGCUUCUUAGCAAAAUUUAAAAAGAAAACUAAAUUUUUUAUUGGCUAUUAAUCUAGAAUAUUACCCAGCAAACGCCAAGUAACAUUUAUAUAAUUGUUAGUUGUACUUUGCCGUGUUACAUGUAACAGUUAUAUUGUUGAGUGGAAAAUUAUAACUAACAGUUAUAUAACUGUUAUUUGCUGGGUAUAUGCUUUGAUAAUCAUAAACAUUGAAUGAAAAUUCCGUUAAAGUGAGAUUUACGCAAAAUUAACGAAGACAAAGUACUCUCUUAUCUCGUCGCAAACUCCUAAAAAUUUAUAACUGUAACAUCAACUAUACAUCAGAAGUUGUUAAUUUUCCAAAAAGAUACAAUCAAAUUUCUUUAAAGCACCAGAGCGUUUAACCAAAGUGAUCGGUGCGUUGUUCGCAGAAGUAGAUAAGAAGAUUGCGAGUUCCCUAGUCUGUCUACAAUAUUAUAAACGGGACUGUAAUGUAUUUAGGAAACAGCGAGUCGCCGAUGGGGUUUCCCUAGCUGAUCCAGUCGGUUUCGACUCAGCCUUAAAAUUGUUAUUCCUUCGUUCCGCGCUAUACAGGGUGUCCCAUUUUAAUGUCCAACCUCAAAUAACUUUUUUAUUUUUAAU